UAGGCGGAAAGUAGCCGGGCGGGCCAUGGCUGGGGCCGCAGCGGGCGGCAGAGGCGGAGGGGCCUGGGGGCCGGGGCGCGGAGGGGCCGGGGGGCUCCGGCGGGGCUGCUCUCCACCAGCGCCCGCUGGUUCCCCCCGGGCCGGGUUGCAGCCGCUCAGGGCUACGGUCCCCUUCCAGCUGCAGCAGCCGCACCAGCGCCGGGACGGGGGUAGCCGUGCAGCCAGUGUCCCAUGUUCGGUGGCCCCAGAAAAGUCAAUGUGUAGGCCUCAGCCACCCCAGGUCCGACGUACAUUCUCCCUGGACACCAUCCUCAAUUCCUACCUUCUGGGCCAGUGGCCACGAGAUGCCGAUGGGGCCGUCACCUGCUGUACCAAUGACAAGGCCACCCAGACGCCCCUGUCCUGGCAAGAGCCAGAAGGUGAGUGCGUCAGCUCCUGCAUGCACAAGCGCUCGGCAUCCUGGGGCAGCACAGACCACCGAAAAGAGAUCAGCAAGUUGAAACAACAGCUGCAGAGGACGAAGCUGAGCCGCAGUGGAAAGGAGAAAGAGCGAGGCUCCCCUGUCCAGGGAGACCAUGCUGUGCGGGGAGCAGCAAAGGUGUCCCUUCCCAGCUUCCCCCCAGGGUCCCCUGUCCUGCGACUUAGCCCCUGCCUACACAGGAGCCUGGAAGGGCUCAACCAGGAGCUGGAGGAGGUGUUUGUGAAGGAGCAGGGUGAAGAGGAGCUGCUGAGGAUUCUUGAGGUCCCUGAUGGUCACCGGGCCCCAGCUCCUCCUCAGAAUGGCAUCUGUGACCAUCCCUUCCUCUUCCUGGAGCCAGGGAACUUGGCCAGCUCUCCCUCCAUGCCCCUGGGAUCCCCCCAGCCUUCUGGCCAGUUCAGCCAUGAGGAGCACCGGGGUGCCACCGAGGAGCUGGCAUCUGUCCCCAGUGACAAAGCCUCCUCUCCAGGCCACCCAACCUUCCUAGAAGAUGGCAGCCCAUCUCCAGUCCUUGCCUUUGCUGCCUCCCCUCGGCCCAAUCACAGCUACGUCUUCAAACGGGAGCCCCCAGAAGGCUGUGAGCGAGUACGAGUGUUCGAAGAGGCCACGUCCCCAGGUCCUGACCUGACUUUCUUGACUUCCUGUCCUGACAAGAACAAAGUCCAUUUCAACCCAACCGGCUCAGCCUUCUGCCCUGUCAGCAUGAUGAAGCCCCUCUUCCCCAGCAUGGGUUUCAUCUUCCGUAACUGUCCCUCCAGCCCUGGCUCACCUCUUCCCCCUGCCAGCCCCAGGGCACUGCCUCGGAAGGAUCCAGAGGCUUCCAAGACCUCGCCAUUGCCAUUUGAGCCAUGGCAACGCACCCCACCAUCAGAAGAGUCUGUGCUUUUCCAGAGCUCCUUGGUGGUCUGAGAGGGGGACACACAUAAACACACAAACACACACUUUACCGUGGAGACCAGUGCCUUGGUGGCAGGCUCCUCAUUAGCUCCCUGAGCUGGGGAAUGAAGGAGCCCUUCCCUCUUGGCUUUUGAGCACUUUCAUUUAUUGUGUCAAAGCCCCAGGUCCUUUGUGGUGAGCACCAGCCCCCAAAAAGGGAGGGGACCCGCCUUCUCCACUAGCAGUUCGGCAGCUCACAACUCGCACCUGUGUACCUGCUGCUCCCCUCACUUGUGGGAAGAUCUUGAGUCCCCUGCCCCAGGGUGUGAGUCCAAAUGACUUGUCAUGAAAUAAGUUGGCUGUGACUGAGAGAAGGGGAUGCCACAGACUUCCUUCCCUCUCCACCUCCAGAGAUACAGAAGAGCAGACCAGAAGAUAGCUAGUCCAUCCCCAUGCCUCUCUCCUAGAGGAGCUGACCAAAGUGGCCCUUGGGCCAGAACACUUGACCAAUUCAACUGUUGGCUAGGUGGGGAACCAUGUGUUUUUCCCAAGUGGCAUUUCAUCUCACUUUCACCCUGACUAAAGAUUGUCUUAAGUAGCAGCCCAGUCCUAAGUGGGUGAUAGGGAAGAGGGAGAGCUGGCAUACCUCCAGGUGGCAUGUACUGGUUCCAUAUCCUCCACGUGCCCCAGAACUGGGCUGGAUUAGAAAAAUGCCUAUUUUUCUUAUAUUGAUGUAGAAACUCUAUUUUCUCCCAAAGACACUAUUUUUGCAGCUGUUUGAAGUUUGUAUAUUUUCCGUACUGCAGAGCUUACACAAAAUUGAAGAAGAAUGUUAAUGUUCGAGUUUUCUUAUCUUGUGUUUAGAGGUUGUUUUUUGCAGAUCUUGUUAAUAGACCAAAUAAAUAAGUAUUCCCAGCA